GCGCACUGAUUGUAGCAACCACGAAUGUCCAACUAGUCUUUGGACCCCAGCAGCUGACCAGUAAGAAAAAUAAAGCUUGCACGUUACUUUUGUAUACAUGAACUGCACAUCUCAUUUUGGACAGAGAAGAUCGAAGCUUUUUCCAAAUUGCAAAUCCUCAAACUCAUUGACACUUUAUUUUAAUCCUCUCAUUAUCGUUUUCUUUUUCACUUUUUUUUUUUCUUAUUAUUUUACUCUGGAAAUUGGCCUUUGAAACUCCAAAAGCAACCGGUCUUGGCCUCGCCGAUCUGACUCACUGCGUUCGUCUUCUCGAAACUCGGUCAUUUCGUCGAUGAGUUAAGGGAGACUAUCGAUACAACGCAAUCUCCAUGGCUGCACCAGUUAACAUUAUUGUGGGCUCGCAUGUAUGGGUUGAAGAUUCAGUGCUGGCAUGGAUUGAUGGAGAGGUUUUUAAAAUCAAUGGUGAAGAAGUUCAUGUUCAAGCAACAAAUGGAAAAACAAUUGUCACAGAUAUCUCAAAAGUAUUUCCUAAAGAUACUGAAGCACCACCUGGAGGUGUAGAUGAUAUGACAAAACUAUCGUAUUUGCACGAACCAGGGGUUCUGCAUAACUUGGCUACCAGAUAUGAACUUAAUGAAAUCUAUACAUACACUGGCAAUAUCCUGAUUGCCAUAAACCCAUUUCAAAGAUUGCCACAUUUGUACGAUACUCACAUGAUGGAACAAUAUAAGGGAGCUCAAUUUGGAGAGCUUAGCCCCCAUGUUUUCGCUGUAGCUGAUGUUGCGUAUAGAGCAAUGAUUAAUGAGGGAAAGAGCAACUCAAUUCUGGUUAGUGGAGAAAGUGGUGCUGGUAAGACUGAGACAACAAAGAUGCUUAUGAGAUAUCUUGCUUAUCUGGGUGGCCGAUCCGGAGUAGAGGGACGAACAGUUGAACAACAAGUUCUGGAAUCAAAUCCAGUUCUUGAAGCUUUUGGCAAUGCUAAAACAGUUAGGAACAACAACUCAAGUCGAUUUGGUAAAUUUGUUGAGAUUCAAUUUGACAAGAAUGGGAGGAUAUCUGGGGCAGCUGUACGGACUUACUUACUUGAAAGGUCCCGUGUCUGCCAAGUUUCAAAUCCUGAAAGAAACUAUCAUUGUUUUUACCUCCUCUGUGCAGCGCCACCUGAGGUUAGAGAAAAGUAUAAGUUGGAUCACCCUAAGACAUUCCAUUACUUGAAUCAGUCCGACUGUUACAAGCUGGAUGGAGUGGAUGAUACCGAGGAGUAUCUUGCAACUAGAAGGGCUAUGGAUGUAGUUGGAAUUAGUGAGGAAGAACAGGUUUGUAUUUCUGUUAAAUUUCAGGAAAUAGUGUUCUUGCCACUGUAUUCAAAAUUUUUUAUGAGGAAUAAUUCUUUUCAGGAGGGAAUUUUUAGGGUUGUAGCGGCAAUUCUGCAUCUUGGAAAUAUUGAAUUUGCAAAGGGAGAGGAAGUUGACUCUUCUGUCCUCAAGGAUGAAAAAUCUAGGUUUCAUCUUAAUAUGACAGCUGAACUGCUAAGAUGUGAUGCCAAGAGCUUGGAGGAUGCACUGAUAAAACGUGUAAUGGUAACACCAGAAGAGGUUAUCACAAGAACUCUUGACCCUGGUUCUGCAGCAGGUAGCAGGGAUGCCUUAGCUAAAACUGUUUAUUCUCGCUUGUUUGAUUGGCUUGUGGAUAAGAUUAACUCUUCGAUUGGGCAAGAUCCAAACUCAAAAUCAUUAAUUGGAGUUCUUGAUAUUUACGGGUUUGAAAGUUUCAAGUUUAAUAGUUUUGAGCAGUUCUGUAUCAAUUUCACCAAUGAAAAACUACAACAACAUUUUAAUCAGCAUGUCUUUAAGAUGGAACAAGAAGAAUAUACCAAAGAAGAAAUCAACUGGAGCUACAUAGAAUUCGUUGAUAACCAAGAUGUGUUGGAUCUGAUUGAGAAGAAGCCUGGAGGAAUUAUAGCACUUCUAGAUGAAGCCUGUAUGUUUCCUAAAUCUACACAUGAAACAUUUGCUCAAAAGUUGUACCAGACAUUCAAAAACAACAAGCGGUUUAUUAAACCUAAGCUAUCUCGUACUAGUUUCACUAUAUCUCACUAUGCAGGGGAGGUAACUUAUCUGGCUGAGUUAUUCCUUGACAAAAACAAAGAUUACGUAGUGGCAGAACAUCAGGUGCUGUUGACAGCCUCAAAGUGCCCUUUCGUAGCAGGUCUAUUUCCUCCAUUGCCAGAGGAGUCGUCUAAAUCAUCCAAAUUUUCUUCCAUUGGGUCACGCUUCAAGCUACAACUUCAAUCUUUGAUGGAGACCUUGAAUUCAACAGAGCCUCACUAUAUCAGGUGUGUGAAGCCUAACAAUGUCCUCAAGCCUGCAAUUUUUGAGAAUGCCAACACAAUUCAGCAGUUAAGAUGUGGUGGUGUCCUUGAGGCAAUUAGGAUCAGUUGUGCUGGUUAUCCUACAAGACGAACAUUUUAUGAGUUUCUACACCGUUUUGGUGUUCUUGCUCCAGAAGUUUUAGAAGGAAACUAUGAUGAGAAGGUUGCAUGCCAAAAGAUUCUGGACAAAAUGGGAUUGAAAGGUUAUCAGAUAGGCAAGACAAAAGUGUUCCUAAGAGCUGGUCAGAUGGCAGAGCUGGAUGCAAGAAGAGCGGAGGUGUUGGGGAAUGCGGCUAGAACCAUCCAAAGGCAGAUUCGUACUUAUAUUGCAAGGAAGGAGUUUAUUGAGAUGCGCAAAGCUGCUAUUGUGUUGCAGUCUCAUUGGCGGGGUAUAUUGGCUUGCCAACUGUAUGCACAGUUGCGAAGGGAGGCUGCAGCCAUGAAGAUUCAAAAAAAUUUCCGCAAAUACACUGCCAGGAAAUCGUACGUAACAGUACAGUUGUCUGCAAUCACAUUGCAGACGGGAUUAAGGGCAAUGGUUGCUCGCAAUGAGUUUAGACUCAGAAAGCAAACAAAGGCUGCAAUUAUCAUCGAGGCUUAUUUGCGUCGCCACUUAGCUUAUUCUUAUUAUAAGAGUCUUAAGAAGGCUGCAUUGGUUUCCCAGUGCGGUUGGAGGCAAAGGGUUGCUCGUAGAGAGCUCAGAAAGCUCAAAAUGGCUGCAAGAGAAACAGGUGCCCUUAAAGAAGCAAAAGACAAACUAGAAAAGCGUGUGGAAGAACUUACAUGGCGAUUGCAGUUUGAGAAACAAUUGAGGACUAAUUUAGAAGAGGAAAAAGCCCAAGAGAUUGUUAAGUUACAGGAUGCUUUGCAUGCAAUGCAAUUACAAGUAGAAGAAGCAAAUUCCAGGGUUCUGAAAGAACGAGAGGCUGCUCGAAAAGCUAUCGAAGAGGCACCUCCUGUUAUUAAGGAAACUCCUGUUAUGAUUCAAGAUACAGAAAAGAUUGAGUCAUUAACAGCUGAGGUAGCGAGUUUGAAGGCUUUGCUUCUAUCAGAAAGACAGGCAGCUGAAGAGGGCAGGAAGGCUUCUGCUGACGCUGAGAUCAGAAAUGUGGAACUGGUUAAAAAACUUGAAGAUGCAGAGCGAAAAGUGGAUCACCUUCAAGAAUCUGUCCAGAGGCUCGAAGAGAAACUAUCCAAUUCUGAAUCUGAGAAUCAAGUACUUCGUCAGCAGGCACUGACUAUAUCACCAACAGGAAAAUCUUUGUCUGCGCGGUCCAAGACAAUGAUUAUUCAGAGGACACCUGAGAAUGGAAAUAUUCAAAAUGGAGAAAUGAAGGUUGUGUCGGACAUGACUGUUGCCUCACAUGCACGUGAACCUGAAUCAGAGGAAAAGCCUCAAAAAUCUCUCAAUGAAAAGCAGCAGGAAAACCAGGACUUGCUGAUUAAGUGUGUAUCACAGAACCUGGGUUUCUCUGGGAGCAAACCAGUUGCUGCUUGUGUCAUAUACAAAUGUCUUCUUCAUUGGAGGUCAUUUGAAGUUGAAAGGACUACUGUUUUUGACCGUAUCAUUCAAACUAUAGCUUCAGCCAUAGAGGUACAGGAUAAUAAUGAUGUCUUAGCAUAUUGGCUAUCAAAUACAUCAACAUUACUGCUACUGCUCCAACACACUCUCAAAGCUAGUGGUGCUGCAAGCUUGACACCACAACGGCGAAGAACAACAUCGGCUUCUCUUUUUGGGAGAAUGUCUCAAGGAUUAAGGUCAUCUCCUCAAAGUGCAGGACUCUCAUUUCUUAAUGGUCGAGGGCUUAGUAGAUUGGAUGACUUACGGCAGGUUGAGGCCAAGUACCCUGCCCUACUGUUUAAGCAGCAGCUCACCGCCUUCCUUGAAAAAAUAUAUGGAAUGAUGAGGGACAAUCUAAAGAAAGAGAUUUCCCCACUACUAGGGUUAUGUAUUCAGGCACCCAGGACUUCACGGGCAAGUUUAGUUAAAGGACGUUCACAAGCUAAUGCAGUUGCUCAGCAAGCUUUGAUUGCUCAUUGGCAAAGCAUAGUCAAAAGCUUGAAUAGUUAUUUGAAGAUUAUGAAAGCAAACUACGUACCUCCUUUCUUAGUCCGUAAAGUGUUUACUCAAAUAUUCUCCUUCAUAAAUGUUCAGCUAUUCAAUAGUCUUCUUCUGAGGCGUGAGUGUUGCUCGUUCAGUAAUGGGGAAUAUGUAAAAGCAGGUUUGGCUGAAUUAGAACAGUGGUGUUACGAGUCCUCUGAAGAAUAUGCGGGUUCUGCCUGGGAUGAGUUGAAACAUAUUAGGCAGGCUGUAGGGUUCCUAGUCAUACAUCAAAAGCCCAAAAAAACUCUGAAUGAAAUAACAAAGGAACUUUGUCCUGUCAGUGCCCUUACUCCUUUGAGCUACACAAAAUCUCUUCUAGAUUUGUAUUUUUCCCAUUUUUAUUUAUUAUAUUAUUUUUACAUUAUAUAUUUUUUAACUCAGGUGCUCAGCAUACAACAGUUAUACAGGAUCAGUACAAUGUACUGGGAUGACAAAUAUGGCACACACAGUGUGUCUUCAGAGGUUAUUUCAAGUAUGAGAGUCCUCAUGACCGAGGACUCAAACAAUGCUGUAAGCAGUUCUUUCCUAUUAGAUGAUGACUCGAGCAUCCCAUUCACGGUCGAUGACAUUUCCAAGUCCUUGCAGCAAGUGGACAUAGCUGAAGUCGAACCUCCAGCAUUAAUCCGUGAAAACUCAGGUUUUGGGUUCUUACUUCCACGGUCAGAGUGAUAUUCACUUGCAUGAACUUAUAUACUCAAAUAUUGUCUUUGUCUUUGCGGUGUCACCCAACGCACUACUACACAUCUGUGCAUAUAAUCUCAUUGUUUGUCACUGUUUAUGUGUACAAUGCAUUCUCCAUGGACUCAGGCUACCUUUGUUGAAGCCUGGGUAAAUUCAUUCUUUCCCUCACGUUACUUCAACAAGAGGGGCCAUAUCACUCGGUGUGAUAUUAUGCAUUCAUAGGAACAGGCACAGUGUCUGGCAAUUUCAGGCAUGCCUGUUACAGCUUUUUUUCCGUAUGUAUAUAUAUUCUUUAUAUUUUUUCAUUCAUUUUCUGAGUCUGGUUUUUUUGGUUGUUUGUGGGGUUUCUAAUGGUUUAGAGUGUUUAUUUUUUAUUUUUUUUUCCUUUUUUAUUUUUUGGGUGUAAGUGACAGUAGCUGUAUUUUAUAGGCUAUUGUUUGCUAUAGGAGGAAGUGAUUUGUAUUUGUAUGGUGUAGUUGUUUAUGUUGUUCUAAUAAAAAAUUAACUAUCCAUUGUUAAAAUUUGAA